GCUUAUUUAUGCAGACUUCUGAAGCUGGCUGAGGAGUUGAGUAUCCAAAUACCGAAGUGAAACUGGGAAAUCAAGGAAUCGAGAGCGAAAAUAAUGGCAGAGGGGCAAGGAGUUCAGAUUCCCAGAGUGCAACUUGGAAGCCAGGGACUUGAGGUCUCAAAAUUGGGAUUUGGAUGUCUGGGCUUGACUGGAAUCUACAAUUCUUCUCUAUCUGAUGAAGAUGGCAUCUCAAUACUAAAGGAAGCUUUCAAUAAGGGAAUCACUUUUUUCGAUACAGCCGAUUCAUAUGGACCCCAUUCUAAUGAAAUCCUGAUUGGAAAGGCCUUGAAACAGUUACCAAGAGAAAAAGUUCAGAUAGCCACAAAGUUUGGAAUUACAUGGGUUGGACAUUCUAUGACAGUGAAGGGAACCCCAGGGUAUGUGCGGUCAUGUUGUGAGGCUAGCUUGAAACGCCUUGACAUAGACUACAUUGAUCUCUAUUAUCAACAUCGUUCUGAUACAUCUACACCUAUAGAAGAAACUAUGGGUGAGCUGAAAAAACUGGUGCAAGAGGGAAAGAUCAAGUAUAUAGGUUUAUCUGAAGCCAAUCCACAGACAAUAAGGAGAGCACAUGCAGUUCAUCCUAUUACGGCUCUACAAAUGGAGUGGUCGAUCUGGACACGUGACAUCGAGGACGAGAUUGUUCCUCUCUGCAGAAAUCUAGGGAUAGGUAUUGUUCCUUACAGCCCCCUCGGUCGAGGCUUCUUUGCCGGUAAAGCCGUUGCGGAAAGUUUGCCUGCUGAGAGCCUAUUGAGCUUGCAUCCUCGAUUCAUCGAAGAAAACUUGGAGAAGAACAAGUGCUUUUACACACGAAUAGAGAAGCUUGCUGAAAAGCACCAUUGCUCUCCUGCUCAACUUUCUCUUGCAUGGGUUCUCCAACAAGGAGAUGACGUUGUUCCAAUUCCAGGCACAACCAAGAUAAAAAAUUUGGAGCAGAACAUCGGUUCCUUGACAGUGAUGCUCGACAAAGACGACCUGAACGAGAUUUCUGAGGCAGUACCCGAAAGCGAGGUAGCUGGAAAUAGAAAUUAUGAUAGCUUGAUGUAUGCAACAUGGAAAUAUGCUAACACACCUCCAAAAAUGAAUGACAUCUGAACCUGAGACAUUCAAAGGUUGGCAGCAUUUUUUAGUGCGCAGACUUCUGAAACUGGCUGAUGGGUUGAGUAUCCAAAUACCGAAGUGAAACAGGGAAAUCAAGGAAUCAAGAUUUAGAGCGAAAAUAAUGGCAGAGGGGCAAGGAGUUCAGAUUCCCAGAGUGCAACUUGGAAGUCAGGGAC